AUGCUGCGAUAUCAUCCACCUAAUCAAAAUCAAUUGUUGUUUGGAAUUAACUUAGCUCGUAAUGCUAAGCGAUUAGUGUGGUACGCAAUAAGGGAAUAUAGACAAAAAAGGACUAUUCUUCCAACAAAAGACAAACCUUUCUCUCAACAUCGUGAUAUUAGUCAAAGAUUUUAUGAUCAGUUUAAUAUCAGUUCACGCAUUGAUUUAAAAAAAUUAGGGUUUUCUGAAAGUAACUUAGAGAAUAAUCAUACAACUAGUAAUGAUGACCUACUAAUAAAAUACCUCCAGUUUGCAUCUUCAAAGAUUAAUGGCACCAUUAAUAAAAGGCUAAACAAAUUAGAACAUUUAUUGAAUAAUUUGGAGGAAAAUGAUAAUGGUCAUAAGCUUGCUGUAAUAUUUGACUAUUUACUCAUACAAUGUCAAAAUGAAGCAAGCAUAUUGAAUAAAAGGAUAAAAGAUAAAAAAAAAUCAGGAUUGAAUAAUGAAAUUUUCCAAGAAAAGCAAAAUUUUGUAUCCAAACCAGCUACUAAUGAAUCAGAUGGUAUAUCUGAAAAUAAAUUAGAGGAUCAGAUAUUAAAUGAACUUUUUGAUGAAUCAUCUACUAAAGACCGGAAAUAUAUAAAAUUAUAUCAUACUGAGUUAUUAUUUCAUAUUCUUGAACAAAUUAAAAAUAAUACUGAUAUAAUUACUUCAAAUUAUUUUAGUUUAGAACAAAUUGUAGAAGUCUUUGAAUUUUCUAAACUGUUCCCAAUAAGAUCUAUUAGAGAUAAAGGUAUUUUCCUAGCAGGAAAUAUAGUAUACUCUUCUGGUAAAGUCCGUAUGGAUCCUGUUAAUGAAUCCUUUUAUAUCGAAUCCUUAGUCAAUUCUGGCUCCUAUAAAAAAGCCUUCCUGCUAUAUAAAACUAAUGAAAAGAAUGUAAACGAAAAAUGGUGGUAUGAAAUGGGGAUGAUGAUUGCUUUAAGAUCCAAUAAUCUCUUAAAGUUUAAGCAUAUAUUAGAUAAUUAUGACUUAAAAUAUGAUUCAUAUCCAUACAUGCCUGGCAAUAUUUUAAAAUUAUCGGUUCAAAAAUAUCUGCAAGUUCGAAACUUCUCUCAGGCUGACAAACUAACAGCUAGACUUAUUACUUUAUUAGAAAUGAAUAAACAUUCUAAAAAAAAUAAUACAAAUAAUUUAAAGACAAUUAACUUUAAGGACGAGGAGGAAGCAAAUAGCUACCUAAAUAAACUAGAAUACCCUUCCAAUUCGGAACUUUUACGAAUUAUCGAAAAUUAUCUUCAUAAAAGAACUAUACCAAAAGUAGAUAAGCUAAUGGAAAUAUAUAAAGACCUAUAUGGAGAACAAAUUGAGGAUAAUGAUUACUUCAUGGUUAAAAAAAAAAUUCAAAUGGUCAAAGAUUCUACUGAACUUCGGGACACAUUAAGAUCGUUGAAACACGAAACUUCUGAUGUAAAGUCUGAAUUACGCAGGUGCAAAGAUUUGUUACAUCGUAUGAAUACAAUUUCUGAAAAAUCACUACAGAAUUUUGGUAAUGAGCUUUUGUUGGGCUCUUUAGUUGAAAUGAAACAUGCUCCUCGUUUAAAGAAAAGUAUGGACACCAUCUUAACUAAAAAGAUUCUCGAAGGUGGAACGUCUAAUAAUGAUAUUCCAGCUUCAAGGAAAUUUAUGUAUUUUAUUAGUAUUCUUUUAGCAUUCAACAAAGAGAACGAAGCUUUUGUUGUAGUUGAAAAUAUGGAAAAAACUAAUCAAAAACUCAUUGAAUCAAGUAACAAUGCUAAUAUCAAAUGUGAAUUUCCACCAAUACAGGCUUUUCAUUAUGCUAAAUUUAUUGAUUUCUAUACUUUGCAACUACGCAAAAUAAGAAAUAAAAUGGAGGUAAAACCACUGCUUUCAAAAGUUCAAAAUAUAUCAAAACGAAUGAACAAUAUGAAUAUUCCGCCUAAUAGCAUUUAUUUGUCAAAAUUAUUAAAAUUCUACGAGGAGUUAGGAGAUAGAAAUAUUUGUAUGAAAAUUACAAAUUCAAUUUUGUAUUCUACCACGUCAGAAGAUAAUCACUGCUCAAGCAAGCCUUUCUUCGAAAGACGUUUAAUCACUAGACCCUUAUUUUAUAUCAUCUGGAAAAUAUAUUAUGAUUUCUAUCGGCAUUCAACCCAUAAGAUGCCAAAAGUCACUGAAAGAAACAAGCUUACUGCUAAAGAAUACACUCAUAUUCAACGAGAAGUAUUUAGAAAGUGUGAUAUUUCCCCUAUUAUUUCCCCAAGAGAGUUGCUUCGUUUAAUGGUUGUAGAUUCAAAUCUUUUACCAGAUAUAAAAUUGUACAAUUUAAUUAUAAAGGUAUUUAUCAAAAGUAAUGAUUGGAAUGGUAUCAUAACGGUCUUAUCAUUGAUGGAAAAUUUCCAUUGCCAAGAUAUUGAUGAUUACAUUUUGGGAUACAUAUUAAAAGAAAUUCAAAACCAAUACAUAUUAUUAACCAUGUAUGAAAUAAAACAAAAACAGCCUGAUUUAAAUGCUAAGAAUUUAAUUACCAAUUCAAAAUUAAAAGUGCUUGAAAUGAGAAAGGAAAGCCAUAUAUUUGGUGAAUAUCAAGACAUAAAUAGUAAAUUUGAUUACAUUCUCAAUGAGAUAUGUAAUCUACUUCAAAAGAAGAACUCUAAAUCCCAGCCAUCUAAUUUGCAAGAUAUUUUAGAAUUUUACCAACAAUUCGAUCUACCCGUUGAUAAACUCAAAGAUACAUUUAACAAGGCAUUUGAAAAAUCUCAAUAA